AUGCGCAAGCUAACAUUCGAGAACAACCCGCGCCUGAGUAUCAGAAAUCAUCUAGAUAAUUACGAAAAGUUAGAAAAAAUUGGAGAAGGUACCUACAGCAGCGUAUACAAGGCAAUUGAUACUAAUUCUGAUCAAUUCGUUGCCUUGAAAAAAAUCCGCCUAUCAGAUGGUGAAGAAGGAAUACCUAGCACAACAAUUCGUGAAAUUUCCCUUUUGAAAGAUUUAAUUCAUCCCAAUAUAGUAAAGUAAUUAUUAUAAAGGCUGCUUGAUGUAAUUCAUGAUAAUCACAAACUUUACCUAGUUUUUGAGUAUGUUGACCACGACUUAAAAAUGAUACUUGAUACAUAUUUAGGUCAGGGAUUUGACCUUUUUGAAGCUAAAUCAUAUUUGUAUCAACUUUUAAAAGGACUUGCUGCUUGUCAUGCCGAUAAAAUUCUGCAUAGAGAUCUUAAGCCACAAAAUAUUUUAAUAAACAACGAAGGAGUAUUAAAAUUGGCAGAUUUCGGGCUAGCAAGGACUUUUGGGAUUCCUUAUAGUACUUAAAGAAAUAACAUGUUGGCGUUGACGAAAAGUGAGCUCUGAGGCGCACUCUUUAUGGAAUAGGUAGGAUCCAUCCUGAUGAAGUUGAAAACAGGAUCUCUGCCCUUUUCCAAGUAAGCCUUCAGGUUUAGGGAUGCCUAGCAGAAAAGGGAAGUUUUGUUUCUCCCCCAAGGAUUUCCUAUCCCUGCCUGCCAGGUGGGCUAGAUAGGUUUCCUAUCGCAUGGUCUUCUCUUAUCGGGACCAUCGGGCACACACGAUGGCUCUGCCCAGCAGAGCAGAUCCCCUGGAUAGGUGGCUCUGUAUGAAAUCCAAAAGGGCGACCUGUUGGCGCCAAGGUAAGCAACUGCUAGUGGCUAGAUCCAGCAUAAUCGUUUAAAAUAUAGUACUUAUUCUCAAGAUGUAGUCACAUUGUGAUAUCGGCCACCUGAUAUUUUGAUGGGCAACAAAAAAUACACCACAACAAUUGAUAUGUGGUCAGUUGGGUGCAUUUUUGCUGAAAUGCUGAGAGGAAAACCUUUAUUUGCUGGAAAUACCAAUAACGACCAAUUAAAAAAAAUUUUCAUGGUCUUUGGGACUCCAAAUGAAAAUACUUGGCCAGGAGUCAGUAGAUUUCCAGAGUUCCGUAAAAGUUUUCCAAAAUAUCAAGGAAUUGAUUUGAGGUCUUUAGUGCCUAAAAUUGAUGAUAAUGGCUUUGAGCUGCUUACAGCAAUGCUCCAGAUGAUCCCAUCAAAUAGGAUUACUUCGCAGCAGGCACUUUCUCAUCCAUUUUUCAAUGAUAUUCCAUCUGAGUUGAGAAAUAUGAGACAACGCCAAUCAUUCAAUUAA